GUGAAGAGGAAGAUACAGCCAAAGGAAGUUUUGCAGGUGAUUUUCAAAAAUCACCUGAUUGUGACAAUGCUGAUGAAUUGCAAAAUAAUGUAAAAGUUACCAUAAAUUCCUCUGAGUUAGGUGUUAUUGAUCAACUUUCAAAGGAUGAAAUCCCUUCCGUCCAAACUGAUUGUAUGCCAGAGGUACAAAAUAUCUCCACAGAACUUCAGACUGAUCCAAAAGGCAAGAGUGAUGUCAAGGUUGCAGAUGAAGGAGACAGGGUUUUUAACUGUCCUAAAGAAGAUGCUUGUGACAAGGCACAUUCUUCCUUAGUUUCCCAGUGUCAAAGCACUAUUAGUAACAACUCAAGUACAAAUAAUAAGAGUAAGAAAGCAAAGGUAGCUGUAGAUAGACAAGAAAAGGGAAAAGAAAGUAGCAAGAAAUGUCCAGUAUGUUCCAAAAGUUUUCCAAGACAGAGUCAACUGAAAAGCCACCUUGUGAGUCACAGCGGAACUAGACCAUUCGAGUGCAAGAUUUGUCACACUAAAUUUAAAUAUCGUCGGAACCUUGUUGAACAUUCCAGCAUACACAAUGAAAUUCCAUCCUUCAUCUGUUCUAAAUGUGGCUUAACAUUUAAACAAAGAAGCAACUUACUUAAACAUGAAAGGAUUCAUCGGGAAAAAGACAAACACUGUUACCACUGUCCUCACUGUAACAACCAGUACACUCAGUCAUCUCAUCUAAGAACACACAUCNUUACAUUACUUUCAGAUAACAAGGGACACAAAUGCGAUGUCUGUGACGCUGUAGUUCUCUGUCAGUCAUCUCUGAGACGGCAUAUGGCAACUGUCCAUGCUAAUUCAGCCAAGUUUGUCUGUCCACACUGUAAUAGAGGCUUUAAUAACAAUCAGAAUUACCAAGGACAUCUAAGGCGGCAUUCUGGUGAGCGUCCUUACAGUUGCUCCACGUGUGCCAAGACAUUCACCACCACGAAGGCCCUAAGUAGGCAUCGGUUAAUUCAUCAGGGAAUUAAGAGCCAUAAGUGUAUCCACUGCAGUAAAGCAUUUUAUGAAUUAUGCGACUUAAAGAAGCAUGCCAAGCGUCACCUGAAACGUGUGAAGAAAUCCAACAGAAGUCUAGCUGCUAAUAAAACGGGAGAGAAUGCUAGUAACUCUACUACUCAGGUGGUGACUGGUAUGAAUUCACUUAACUUGAUGGUCCUCACAGAGUCUCUGCUCUUUAGUGAGCCCCAACCACUGCUUGAAACAUCAGCGUCUAGAGUAACGGAGAUACUUCUGCCAGAUGGGAAAUUAGGGACACCUAAAGAAGUCACAGCAGAGCCACUUUUGGCUUCAGAGGUUAUAGAAGCUGAUCCACCAAAUCUGCAGCAGUCAUCAAUGGAAUUGUCUAAAAUUUCAAACAUGCUACAGCCAGGAGAGGAAGUUCUGACACCAUCACCAUUAUUACCUGCUACACCAGUCUUAUCUGCAGAAAAUGUAGAAGCUAUCUCUGUGCUGGCCGACACAGCUGUCCUGCAACCACCCGAAACGAAGACCGUUAUCACCACACCCAUUGACCCUUCCAGAGUCUUGCAGCCAACAGACAUAGGUGUUGAGGAGGAACUCCCCAGACCUGAAAAUAGAAAUGUAAGUCUAGAAGUACAGGAGGCAUCCCAGUGUAGUUCUAGUACUGAUGGCCCCACUAUGGUUGUGCUUUCAUCCGUAGGUGCUUCUUCUGAGUACCUACCUGUUGCUGAACAAGAAACUCACACUGGGAAUUCUGACAUUGAUGGGGCCAGACAUCAACAAGGUGAGAGGAUCCUUAGCCAUGCUACUUGGUAAUCUGAUCUUUUAUUUUGUGUAUUAGGAUACUGUGUGUUUUGGAGAAGUGGUGAUAGGAAAUAUUUAUUUGCAGUUUUUGUUUUUUGUUUUUUCAAUUCCAAAACUUAUUUCAAUAUUACCUAAAUAACUGACAUUCACUGAAAUAUUCAGUUUACUAUAAACUCUAUAUUUACUACCAAAAAUUCUGUGUACUAU